GUUUCCCUGGUAGUGGAAACAUACGGUAUGUAAAUACAAUCUGAGGGCCACACCUCUUCCCAAGUCACAAAGGUGUAAAGGAAACAGAGUCAGGAACAGAUGAAGCAGAUGCUGUUUGGAUCUCUAGUGGUUUAGGAGGGAUAUUAAAAGGCAGAUAAAGUUUGAGGAAGUUGCUGCUUGAAAGUUCAGCAGUCUUCUUUUGGGAUGGAAAGCGAUGAGGACACAAAUAGGGGUCUGUUAACUUCAGCUCACACCCCCUCCUUCUCCUCCUGUCUUGUUUACCUGCUUGGAGUGUUUCAAAGGAGUGCUCUGUUCGUUUAUGAGGAAGGGGGCAGGGAGAGUGUCGAAGAGAGGGCAACUGACACCCCACCUCCUCUCAGGAGUCAGCAAACGGGGGAAAAAAAGGAAUAAAGAGCUGAGCACGACACUCAUCAAUCAUAAAACUUUUUAUUUUGUCUUAGUCUCUGUGUUUUCUGCAUUCUAACAUGGCUUUCAGACUGUUUUUAGCUCUCUCUGUGAUGCUUUUCCUGACAGCCUGUGAAGCUGGAAAGCAGAUGCCCAAACUAUCAAAUAAGAAACUCUGCGCUGACUCUGAAUGCAGUUAUCCGAUCCUCAUAGCCCGGGCGCUUCAAGACUACUACCCUGGAGACUGCAGGUUCAUCCCCAUCCGACAGGGGCAGCUCGUCUAUGUUUAUGCAAUGCUGAAAGACAGAGGGAAUCUCUUCUGGGCUGGCAGUGUACAAAAUACAUAUUAUGGAGAACAGGAGGCUCGCAUUGGUCACUUCCCUAGCAGCGUUGUGGAGGAAACACAUGCUCUCAUGCCAGCAACCACUGAAGUCAAAACUACCAACUGGGACUUCUACUGCAACUGAUGUUGAAUGGACACACAGAGAAAACAACAACAGGGAGCAGCUUUCCUUAACACACAAUUAUGGUCUAAUCCAUGUUAGCUCAUCUCUGAAUAAGUCUUUAAAAAUCAUGAAAUGAUUUAUGGGUGUCAGAAAUUGCAUUCUGAUAACCUUGUCAAAUAGAUGCUUUGAUUACUGAUUAUUGAUUUCAAAGUCGAGUUGUUUUCCUCUUCCUGUUAUAUAUCAAACUUGGGCUCGUCUUUCAUGUUUUUUUGUGUUCUUGUUAUUUGGGAUUUAAGUGAGAUUUACUUUACACAACAUGACUUAACAGAAUUUAAUCAUAUUUUCUGUCAAAAUUAAAUAAAGAAAAUAUAUUGCAAUUAUCUUAUCUGUAUUUAAACAUGUAAUCAUCUUUAUCUUAAAUUAUUCAGAAGAUAGUUUUCCUACCUAUAUC